AAUGACGACGGAAGUGUGGGCGGAUUAAAUGAUGGUGAAAGUGUGAAUGAACGUUCCUCUUUGACACGCGUAACACCUGCAGUGACGCCACUUCCACAUGAAACAGAGCUGUCUCGUCCUCGUCGUCACACUAAAGCGAAGGCUCUUCCGAAACCUAUCUCUAUAGGAAAACGUCAGCCUAAUAAACCAAAAUCAGCCACUUUAACUGAAGGAGAAUUUCGUGACUCAAAUGAUCUCGAGCCAGGAUUGACUGCUGACCGUAAACUUAAUAAAUUCUUCAGCUUCAUUUGA